AUGGGCAUUGACAUCGCCGUUACCGGCACAAGGGAGAUCGCCCUGGUGGACGGUUCAUCCAGAGAAGUUAAGCGACGCCUCGAUGAUUGGGAAGCAGUCACCGAGAUCGUCUACAGGGUUCAGAAUAUCAACGGCCCGCAACAGAAUUUUCAAGCGCGCGAGUUCGACCCCAACAUCGACUCCAACAUCGACCCUAGUCUCGAGGGCGGUUACGGGCUUGCCAAUGGUCUGCCCACUCCCCCUGUCUCGCCCACCCCCCCUGACUCGACCACUGACUCCCCCGUCGCUGCGCCCGCAUACCCCGAUAUCGACGCCGGCACCGAACAUGGUGUCGGCUUCACCGACAACGACCCGUUCGAUGACACCGCAGAGCCAAAUGAAGAAGAUGCGGUUGUGAAGGAAGAGUCCAUCACCCCCCUUGACCUCGAUGACUCCAACCCCUUCGACCGUCCCGAUCACAAACGCAAGCGCUCACAGUCUGGGGAUGAGGACGAGGACGAGGACGAGGACGAGGUAUUUGUGGUGGUGUCUCCCGUAGCCGAGGCUUCAGGGGAGGGUCACGAAUCACCUGGAUCACGGCGAACCCGACAGCGUAGAGACCGUGACGAUAAUCUGCCCGACGGCGCCGAGAACCGUGCUGCAUCGAAUGAACGAACGGGAGAGUGGCAGUGCGCUUUUGGUUGCUGUGCCAGCUAUGGAGAUACCCGGCCAAGCUGA